CGGGGAAGGAAGAAAGUGUUUGUCCAAGAAACAGUGACAUCUUGUGGGGUCGACUCGGUAAGAAACUGCUGCAAUGGGGUAUCUUUGUCAAACUAGGCAAUAAAAAGGCAGUGGGGACUCUCCACUCCCACUUUAACAAAAGCUGGACCGAUCGAGGAGAUCAGGAGCGUCGUCCUUUCCCUCAUUUCAUCAUCACCUCUCUACUCGUCCCAGUGCAAGCUGAAGCCAUCAUGGUUCUUCUUUUCGCUCUGUUGUUAUAGUUCUUUCUUUGUAAGCAGCUGGAUGUAAGAAGAAAUGGCACUUGUAGUUAGGCAGCACAAGGAAGAGAACUCUGUGAAGAGCAGGAAGAAGAAGAAGAACAAGAGAAGCAUGUCUGUUCCUGGGAUUAGUAGUCUGGCUUCCAUCGAGUCAUUGUCCAUGCCCCUUGUUCAGGAGGUAGUAAUAUCAGCAAAUAUGCAGUGUGCACAGUGUCAAAAGAGGGUAGCUGAUGUUAUCUCCAGAAUGAGUGGGACAGAGUCAGUAACAGUAAACCUGGUGGAGAAGCAGGUGACUCUCACUUGUACAUACCCAGGACCAGGACCAGGAGGUGGUGGCAGAAUCUUUUGCAGGAACCCUUUAAGCAGAAUCGCCAUUAUCAGCAGGCGCAUUUUUGGUUCUUAUUCUUCCUAGAGGUGUUGAGGGAUGGGAGAGAGUCAGAGAGAGACUACUACAUGUAUUCAUUACAGAAGAUUUCCACUUCUGUAACCUUUAGAAGUAGUGGAAGCAAAAGGGGGAAGGGGUAGAUAUAUAAAUGCAUUCUUGUAAAGCAACUUGAUCGAAUCAUGUAUAUCCGUGUAUUUUUUUUGACAGGGAAUAUCUGUGUACUAAUUCAGUGAUGACUGAUGGUGGUGCAUGUUUCUCCUUCCCAUAAACAAGAA